AUGAGCCAACCUGUACACGUCGACUCUGUCAGUCGCUGGAAUACCACACUUCGGACAGCCAAGGAGAAAAACCAACCAAUCAUUGUCGACUUCUUCGCAACAUGGUGCGGGCCCUGUAAGGCCAUUGGUCCAAUCUUCGAGCAGCUGGCUGCCCAGUACCCCAAAGCAGUCUUCCUGAAGGUGGACGUCGAUAAGCUGCCCGCUAUCGCCCAGAAGUACCAAAUCACGGCCAUGCCGACUUUCGUCGUUAUAAGAGAAAGCGGCGUAGUCGACAUGUUGCGCGGUGCGGACCCCCGUGGCCUGUCUGCUAUGGUGGCCAAGCACGCCUCCGCGUCCUCUGCGCCCGCCGGACCGCCACUUCCGGCGGAGGCGGAGAAGGCGAAGAUGGAGGGCAACACGGCGUUUGCGGCAGGCGAGUACGAGAAAGCGAUAGACUCUUAUAGUCGUGCUAUUGGGCUCGCACCGAAAUUGGCGGUCCUGUACGGGAACCGUGCCUUUGCAUACAUCAAGCUAAUCAAGUCGGGCAUCCCGUCGAAGGAGGAGAGACAGAAGCUAAGACAGAAAGCUAUAUCGGACGCGGUUCAAGCCACUGCUAUUGACGACAAGUGGGCGAAGGGAUGGGUGAGGAUGGCAGAGGCACUGGUGCUUGCGACCGACGAAGAGGGAACUCAGGAUGUAGGGGAGGAGCGGAGGCCAGAAGGUCUCCGGAAAGCACUGGAAGGGGCUGUACAAGCGCUUGAGAAUGCCAUCGGGCUCAGCGAGGGGAAAGUGAAAGCAGGUGAGUUAGAGCUUCAGAAUGCAGUGAUGCGACUGAUCAGUUGA